CGAGAAAGGCCACUCGGUUCGUCAGAAGGCUUCCCCCUCAGCCAAUCACCGCCCGAGUUCCCCCCGCCCCGGAAGAAGCCGUUGCCCCGAGCGACUACAAUGUCCGGCUUUCAGAGUUUGGCGGCGGGAAAGGCCAUGAGCAAGGGCCGGGCCGAAGCUGCGGCGGGAGCCCCCGGGCUCCUCCUGAAAUACCUGCAGGAGCAGAACCGUCCCUACAGCGCCCAAGACGUGUUCGGGAACCUGCAACGGGAACACGGACUUGGCAAGGCGGCGGUGGUGAAGGCGCUAGAACAGUUGGCCCAAGAAGGCAAGAUCAAAGAGAAGAUGUACGGCAAGCAGAAGAUAUAUUUUGCAGAUCAGGACCAGUUUGACAUGGUGAGUGAUGCUGACCUCCAAAACCUGGAUGCCAAGAUCGUGGCCCUAACCGCUCAGGUGCAGAGCCUGCAGCAGAGCUGCCGCCACAUGGAGGCUGAGCUGAAAGAGUUAACUAGUGCCCUGACCACACCGGAGAUGCAGAAGGAGAUCCAAGAGUUAAAGAAGGAAUGUGCUGGCUACACGGAGAGACUGAAGAACAUUCAGGCGGCCACCAACCAUGUAACUCCAGAAGAGAAAGAGCAGGUUUACAGAGAGAGGCAGAAGUACUGUAAGGAAUGGAGGAAGAGGAAGCGGAUGGCAACAGAGCUGUGUGAUGCAAUCCUUGAAGGAUACCCCAAGAGCAAGAAGCAGUUCUUUGUAAGUGGGACUCUCCCCCUCCCCUGCACCCCUUGGAUCUUCGCCCAGGGAGGUCACAUUCACUUGUCUCCCUCCCCACAGGAGGAAGUUGGGAUAGAGACUGAUGAGGAUUACAACGUCAAGCUCCCAGACCCCUGAGAGGCCCUCUGACAGGACUGGGGGAUGGGAACACAGAGGUCCCUGACUGGCUGCCUUGUUGAGGUUGGCUUUUUUGUUGCUGUUCCUGCUGCUUUCCAUCUCUGAGCAGGGCAGCUGGCAGAAGGGCAUAAACCAAAGUACUGUGUGGAGGGAGAGGCUGUAAUCCUGAGUGAUGAUCACGCUCAUUUCACUGAACACUUGCAAUCUCUCAAGCUUAACACUUAGACUUGGAGCAAUGCUAAAGGAAAACAUUCGGCAAUAUUUAUUGUUAUGUAGUUUGAUAUAAAAAUAUUUAAUUUCCUCUGG